CGCUGAUCUUUCCACAUACCCCGUGAUAUCCAAAACAACAUAACAAAGUGGGGGAAACAUGGCGAGCGGAGAGGAGGCCAGAAGACGCCCCUCGGUUACCUCCUCUUCGGUCGGCCUGGAGGCUCUGUUCCCCGCGGGGUCAUCGGAGCAGGUCUGCGGGGACGGGAACCCGGAGUUAGUCCGUCUGCGGGAGCGUCUCCAGGGCUGGCUAUCGCAGUAUGAGCCGCUGCUGCUGUGGGUGCAGAGGCUGCUGGUGUGGGAGAGGCCGUUGUACAGCAUCUCUGUCGCCCUCACACUCAACACGCUAUUCUGGCUCCUGUCAUCCACCUCCCUGCGGCCUCUGUUCCUGCUGAGUGUGUCCCUGCUGGGACUGAUGCUGCUGGAGAGAUGGAAGCCCAAGUUGCCCAUGAUCACUGUUCAACAUGCAGAGGCUCACCCUGUGCAAAGUGACACGAUGAGCGGGGAGCAGCGUCUGCUCAGUAUCCCUGAGCUGAGCCACCACCUGGCUGAGAGCUACCUGACCUACUGCCUGUACCUGCAGGAGAUGCUGCAGUACAAACGUCAGAAUCAUGGGAAGUUCUGUGUGAUGAUGUGCAGCGGCUGUUUUGUACUCGCCGUGGUCGGUCAUUAUGUACCAGGAAUCAUGAUCUCCUACAUUAUCGUCCUGAGCGUGCUGUUGUGGCCGCUGGUGGUGUACCAUGAGCUGAUCCAGAGGAUGUACACGGGCUUGGAGCCGAUCCUGAUGAAGCUGGACUACAGCAUGAAGGGAGAUACGGAGCACCGCAAGCACGACAAGAGGAAGGUGAAGAAGGAGAUGGAGGAGGGCGACGAGCCAAGAGCUGAAACGGAGAGUGAGAGUGAGGAGGAGCUGUCCUGUUUCGCUCCGACGGUGGACGUGAAGACCACAGCUCUGGCGAUGGCCAUCACAGACUCCGAGCUGUCGGACGAGGAGGCAUCCAUCUUGGAGAGUGGAGGCUUCUCUGUGUCCAGGGCCACCACUCCGCAGCUCACUGACGUCUCUGAAGACCUGGACCAGCAGAGUUUACACAGUGACCCAGAGGAGUCCUACCUGCGGGAUCUCCCCGAGUUCCCCUCAGUCGAGGAGUUCCCAUCCAUUGAGCACAACCUGCUCCACUUCCCUCUGCGAGGUCCCGGCCAAGCAGAUGGAGCGCAGGCUGGCGCUCAACCAGAGGGAGAACCGUUAAGCCCCGCCAGCCUCCUCAUCCAGCACCUGGCGUCUCCGCUCCACUUUGUGAACACACACUUCAACGGACAUGGACGACCACCUGGGGGCGAGGAGGGCGUGUUGCUCACGCCAGGUGCAGGGGAGGGAUCAGGGAGGCAGGAGGGAGACGAGAAGGAAGCAGCAGUAGCCCAGGGUAUACAACAGUCCUUGGAGGCCUUGAGCGAGGAGAUAGUGAGCACAGCCAUCUCCACUGUGGUGCAAAACACUCUGUCAGCGCUGCUGCGCUCCAGCGAGGCCAGCGAGGAGCCCUCCCUGGCUGAGUUCCUUCCUACUGAAACCCCACCGGGCAUUCUGGAGAGCUCCACCCCACCCACCGCCACCACUGCUAACACUACAAUUACUACAAUAGGCGUGUCGGGGGCUGACGACCUGGACGAGGCGAUUACGACAGAAAGCGGCACCGGCGAGGAGAUGCCUGAUGACACACUAGUUCCGACUGAGGAAGAGGACUUUGAGCUUCUGGACCAAAGUGAACUGGAGCAGUUGGAUGAGGGGUUGGACCUCAUGUCUGACAGACAGGUGGUGGGAGGAGCCUCAGGAGCUCCAGAGACACCUCCGUCUCUUCAGCAUCAACCACAGUCAUAGCUUCCCCGUUGUGUCCCCCUGCCCCCAACUGUUUUGUUUUUAUUUGUACGUUAGACCUGCAUUAUAUCCAUACAUACCGCUAUAUACAAAACAUUUAUCAAAGAGUUUGGCAUUUAAUACUGUUGGUUAGUGAUUGUGUGGCAUAUGGUUGAGAUUACUCGGUGCGUUGUGCUCUCAUCACAAAGGUCUGUUCAGCCUCGGUACCAUUCGCAGUAGAGUUCAGUGAGGGCAGCUUCAGGGCAGAACUGGCUCGAGUGAACCGUUAUAGAGACAUCAUUAUCGUCAGGGGUUUGCAAAGCGUUUUGUAUCUGCUUUCGCUCGAUCAUCUAACAUUGAAAUCUGCUUGAUUAACUAGCAAGCACAUUUCUUACUGUGUAGUGAAAAACCUGUUGAGUCUGUCAGAAUAAUGAUGCCUUUAUUUUCUACCGUGGCGACGAGCUUCACCUCUCUCUUCACCUCAUGUGUUAUGAAGAGUUGAAAUGUUGGAUUAUGUAACGAUUAAUAUAUUCUAUAAAUUAUUUAAUUUAACAGUCAGUCGAUGAAACUUUAUCGUUGAGAUGAGCAGGGGAGUUUAACAGCGAUUUGAAUCCCUUCGGCUGCCGGUAAUGAUUGUAUGGGAAUUGUUUUAAUGAUGACACCAUGACCGUCCGGGUUGAAAAUGUAGUUGCAUAUUCCCAGAGUUCAUAAAUAAUAGUGUUAACCUUCACUUUAUCCUUCCCACCAAAGUUACAGUUUGGACUAUAGACUGUAUGUAAGAAUGGACGAUGUGUCAAAGUGUACAAAAAUGAAGCCAAAAUAUCCCAGCUACAGCUGCAACCAUCUUGUUCUGGCAACAGCAUUUGGAGCCAGAGUCUGUGCAGUAGUUGAAGGAAAGGCCCGCCUUACUCUGCCUCCGAUUGACCUUGACAUUCUUCACCUUACCCGAACUGAUCUUACUCCUCUCCCUAAACCCAAUGAAUCCAUCCACUGAAGGCAGUGUGUGCUAGCCAGCCAUAGGGAGAGCAGGGCGGGCAUAGCCUUGGAUGUUUCGGCUUCACUUUCAGGGCGCUGUCAUAUCGUCUAUCUUCAUUAUACAGUCUAUGGUUCGGAUUGAAGCAUUCGGUCAUGAGUGGUCUUUCACUUGUUGCCUGGAAACGGAAUCUUUGACAUGGUUGGAUGUCGACAAGCAGUCGAUCUUGGCCCAAACACAUACAUGACGAGACAUGUUCCUGAAUUUUCUCUUUGUGAUAAACGCCUCAUUUUUAUUCGUACUCACAGAAACAAUUCCAUACAUCCACAUGUAAUUGGCCCACAUGACGUUGAAUUCAUUAUCGAUCUACGCUCACUGCUUGUUAGAUAGCCCCGUCUAUACCCAACUAUUUGUUACAUGUAUAGUCAUCACUGGGAUAUGUAUAUUUACCAAAUAACCUCCUUUGUGCCACGACAAGUCCAUGCAUGCCAUGCAUCACGCAUGUAUCUACCAUGAUCAAUAUUUGAGGUCAAUCUUCAAAGGAGUGUUACUUUUCCUGGAGCAGAUUUUGUUUCUGUGACACAUUAUGUAUGUGGCCGCUGCUGGGGAUUUGUCAAACGUUCUGGACACGAUGGAAAGAACCUACGCUCGGCUGUAUAAAGAGGCCGGUUUUGCUUUUGUAAACCACUCAGCAUCCAAAUCUCAGGGGUGGGUUGUACAAAAUGAAUAUGACAUCGCAGAAUAUGUGUCCAUUCCCAGACUUGUCGUAGUGCACUGUAUUUGUACUAACCUUUACCUUUUUCAGUCGACGCCUCCUUGUGUAUAGUGUAGAAAUGCUCAAAGGAACGUGUAUAUUCUGCAUGUAAAAACAGCACUCUCUGUUGUCAGCUGACAAAGUACUGCACAAUUUGUGAGAAAAAAAAGUCAAUUUUAAUAGAUAAUAAAGAGCCCGUUAAUUCCGUUUGUUUAAUAUUUAAUGAGCGAUGAAGGGGAAGAAAGGUUUUGAUGUAUCCUCAUUUUUAAAAGACUGCCCAGCUGUAAAUGGAAAUGGGUGGCAACUUCAGUGAUGACAUCAGAUUUAGUGAAGGAUAUUAACAGACUAGUUUGUGUAUGGUAGUAGUGUGUUUUAUGCUUCAAAAUACCGCUUCUUGAAUUAUAUAUAUAUAUAUAUAAAAAAAGGCACUUACUGUAC